AUGGCUGAUAAAAACCAGGAGAUUGGUGGCAUCCAUUUCCCUUUUCCCUUCACACCCUAUUCCAUCCAGAAAGACUUCAUGGCAGUGCUAUACCAGGUGCUGGAGAAUGGCAAGAUUGGGAUAUUUGAGAGUCCAACUGGCACUGGAAAAUCCUUAAGUCUUAUUUGCGGGGCCCUUUCCUGGCUCCGUGACUUUGAACAGAAGAAACGACAAGAGGAGGCACAUCUCCUUAAAACUGGAACUGCCCCCUCCAGUGAUGGGAAGGACCAGCCCCCAUUUAUUUCAUCCUCACAUCAAGAGACCCCAGACACUCUGAGGCCUCCUGGAGAACCUGACUGGGUUACUCAGUUUGUGCAGAAGAAAGAAGAAAGGGACCUGGUGGACCGACUAAAGAUGGAGCAGAUCAGGAGGAAGAAGCGAGAAGAACGCCUACAGCAGCUCCGUCACAAUACACAGCUCAAGUAUGCAGCCAAGCGUGAGAGACAGGAAGAAGAAGAGACAGAGCGUCUCCUUCGUCUCAGCAGGGACAUACUGGCGGCAGGAACAGAGGCCGAGCCGCUGGAGCAGCUAGCAUCUGGGGAGGAGGAUCUGGUCCUCUCGGAGUACGAGAGUGAUGAGGAGAAAGGAGCCCCUAAUGGAUUAAAUGAGGAUGAGGAUGACCUGGAGGAAGAACAUGUAACUAAGAUUUAUUACUGCAGUCGGACCCACUCCCAGCUGGCCCAGUUUGUGCAUGAGGUCCAGAAGAGCCCCUUUGGCAAGGACACCCGGCUCGUCUCCCUCGGCUCUCGGCAGAAUCUUUGUAUAAACCAAGACGUGAAAAGCCUGGGUUCUGUGCAGCUGAUUAACGACCGCUGUAUGGAGCUACAGAGGAGCAGACACGAGAGCAAGAGCCCAGCUGAGGACCAGGAGCCCAAGAGGAGAAGGCGGGCACCCCGGGCUGCCUGUCCCUUCUAUGGCCACAGGCACCUGCAGCUCUUCCAGGACCAGGUGCUGCUGGAGGUGAAGGACAUCGAGCAGCUGGUGGCCCUGGGGAAGGAGGCUGGGGCCUGUCCCUAUUAUGGGAGCCGGUUUGCCAUUCCAGCUGCCCAGGUGGUGGUGCUGCCCUACCAGAUGCUGCUGCACACGGCCACCCGGCAGGCCGCGGGGAUCCGGCUGCAGGGCCAGGUCGUGAUCAUCGACGAGGCACACAACCUGAUUGACACCAUCACAGGCAUCCACAGUACGGAGGUCAGUGGAUCCCAGCUCUGCCAGGCACAUUCCCAGUUGAUCCAGUACAUGGAACGAUACAGGAAGCGUUUGAAGGCCAAGAACCUGAUGUACAUCAAACAGAUCCUGUACCUGUUGGAGAAGUUUGUGGCUGUGCUGGGUGGGAACAUUAAGCAAAAUCCCAAUACACAGAGCCUCUCACAGACAGGGACAGAGCUGAAGACCAUCAAUGACUUUCUCUUUCAGAGCCAGAUCGACAACAUCAACUUGUUCAAGGUGCGGCGCUACUGUGAAAAGAGCAUGGUCAGCAGAAAGCUCUUUGGCUUCACAGAAAGGUAUGGGGCAGUCCUCGCACCCCCCAGGGAGCAGCCUAGACUGGCGGGGUUCCAGCACUUCCUACAGAGCCUGCAGCCCGGGGUGACUGAGACUCCCACAGCCCCUGUGGAAGAGGGGGAGGCCAGGGUGCCUCGGCCUGCUUCCCCGCUGAUGCACAUCGAAGGCUUCCUUGAAGCUCUCACCACUGCCAACCAGGACGGCAGGGUCAUGCUGAGCCGCCAAGGUAGCCUCAGUCAGAGCAGCCUGAAAUUCUUGCUACUGAAUCCAGCAGUGCCUUUUGCCCAGGUGGUGAAGGAAUGCCGGGCAGUCGUCAUUGCGGGGGGCACCAUGCAGCCGGUUUCUGACUUUCGGGAGCAGCUGCUGGCAUGUGCUGGGGUGGAAGCCGAGCGCCUGGUGGAGUUUUCCUGUGGUCACGUGAUCCCUCCAGACAACAUCCUACCCCUCGUCAUCUGCAGUGGGCCCUCUAACCAGCAGUUGGAAUUCACAUACCUGAAAAGAGAGCUGCCUCAGAUGAUGGACGAGACAGGUCGCAUCCUCUGCAACUUGUGCAACGUGGUGCCUGGAGGGGUGAUCUGUUUCUUCCCCUCCUAUGAGUACCAACGCCAGGUCCAUGCCCACUGGGAUAAGAGUGGCCUGCUGGCCCGCCUGGCUGUCAGAAAAAAGAUAUUUCAGGAACCCAAGCGAGCAAACCAGGUGGAACAGGUGCUGACAGAGUAUUCCAGGUGCAUUCAGUGCCGUGGCCAGGCAGGAGGCAUGAUGACGGGAGCCCUGUUGCUCUCGGUGGUCGGAGGAAAGAUGAGUGAAGGCAUCAACUUCUCUGAUGAUCUCGGGCGGUGUGUGGUUAUGGUGGGCCUGCCCUACCCCAACAUCAAGUCUCCAGAACUCCAAGAGAAAAUGGCCUACCUGGACCAGACCCUUCCCCGAACCCCAGGUCAGAUCCCCCCAGGAAAGGCCUUGGUGGAGAAUCUAUGUAUGAAGGCUGUCAACCAAUCAAUAGGGAGGGCCAUCAGGCACCAGAAGGAUUUUGCCAGCAUAGUGCUCCUGGACCAGCGGUAUGCCCGCCCACCUAUCCUGGCAAAGCUGCCAGCCUGGAUUCGAGACCGGGUGGAGGUCAAAGCCACCUUUGGCCCUGCCUUUGCUGCUUUGCGGAAGUUUCAUCACAAGAAGUCUGGCCUUUCCUGA